GUUGUUGCUGUUUGCUGUUGCCGCCGGAGAAGCGCUGAUUUUGGUGACUGUCGAAACCCGCAGAGCAAGGCGGCUCAAAUUUUCCGGCCGACCCAUGGGAAGACGUCGGAGUAAGCGUAAACCGCCUCCGAAACGGAAGAAUAUCGAAGCGUUGGACUCGACAUUCAACUGUCCAUUCUGUAAUCACGAGCGUUCGUGUGAAGUGAAAAUGGAUCGGGUUCGGAACACCGGGAGGAUAACAUGCAGGGUCUGUCUGGAAGACUUUCAAACUCCGAUCACAUAUCUCUCAGAAGCCAUCGAUGUUUACGGAGAUUGGAUAGACGCUUGCGAAUCGGCGAAUCAGUGAAGUCUCCGCACACACUGUGGAAAGCAUUGUACAUUGAUGUAAAUUCAAUAAAGGCAUGAUUUUUAAA